AUGGAGACUUCAACUACCGCAGCGACCGAAGAGCGACAAGAUGAGCCAUUCCUCCCCGCGCCGUUCAACACCAUGACCCCUCCCCCGCAGCUCGUCGCACAGGGCGCCGAAGCCUUGCUGUACCGCACGCACUUCCUCACCCCGGACAGGCCAGCCGCGUUGAAAGCCCGACCGAGCAAAGCCUGGAGGCACCCGACGCUGGACGCCCGCCUCACGAAACAGCGGGUCCUCGCCGAAGCUCGCAUCCUCGUCAAGCUGGCCUCGCUGGCAGGCGACGAGACGAGCGAGAUCCACGUCCCCGCCGUGCUGAGUCUGGAGUGGGACGCCGCGCGAAAGGUCAAAGGUCUGAGUCAGGAGCAGAGAGGCGCGGCGGCGGCGCGAAGUACGGGCGGCGGUGCCGGUGCGUGGCUGCUGAUGGAGUGGAUCGACGGUUCCAGCGUCAAGGAGCUCCUGCGCAGGUGGGACGCGUGGUACCGCGCCGCAAAGGAGGCCAACGGUGCCACCGCGGGCGGCGAGGAAGAACUCGCGGCGCAAGAAGAGCAGGUCAAGAUCCUCCUCCGCAGGCUCGGGAGGGCGAUUGGAAACAUGCACAGCAAGGGCGGCGUGGUGCACGGGGACCUGACGAGCAGCAAUGUCAUUGUUCGACCUAAGCCGACGCAGAGUCAGGGUCAGGGUCAGGGUCAGCAGACGAACGUGAACGGGUCGUCAGACACAGGCCGAGACUCGGCUACGCAAGGACAAGGACAAGGACAAGGACAAGGACAAGGACAAGGACAAGGACAAGGACAACAGCAAAAAUCCAGCUCCUCCCCGCCGGACCUGAGUGGCGAUAUUGUCCUCAUCGACUUCGGAUUGGCUACGCAGUCGAUCCAGGAGGAGGAUCGCGCCGUGGAUUUGUACGUCCUCGAGCGGGCAUUUGGGUCGACGCAUCCUAGACAGGAAGACUGGUUUGACGCCGAAGUCAUUCAGAGUCAAGAUGGAUACAGGGGGAGUUACAAGGGCUCAAAGGUCGUCCUUAAACGAUUAGAGGAUGUCAGGAUGAGAGGGAGAAAGAGAAGCAUGCUCGGCUAG